AUGGUUGCCGRGAUCUUCUUUUAUGAGGACAAGAACUUCCAGGGCCAGUACUACGAAUGCAGUAGUGACUGUCCUGAGCUCAGCUCCCACUUCAGCCGCUGUAACUCCAUCCGGGUGGAGGGUGGGGCCUGGGUGGUCUACGAGAGACCCCAGUAUAUGGGCCACCAAUAUGUCCUCAUGCAAGGGGAGUACCCCACCUUCCAGAGCUGGAGCGGCUUCAAUGACACCAUCCGCUCCUGUCGCCUUAUUACCUAUCCAUCCAGCAGUCACAGGCUCCGCAUCUACGAGCGUCCAGACUUCACUGGCCAGAUGAUGGAGCUGAGUGAGGACCUGCCCAGCCUGCAGGACCGCUGGCGCUUUCGCGAGGUCCACUCGGUCCAUGUCCAGGACGGCACCUGGGUCCUCUACGAAAACCCAAACUACCGGGGGCGCCAGUACCUGCUGGAGAAAGGUGAAUACAGACGCCACUCCGAGUGGGGGGCUCUCCAUCCAACCGUGGGCUCCAUUCGACGGGUUGUGGACUUUUAG